AUGGCCGAGCGUCAGAAACUGUUUGACGAACGUCGCGAACAGGAGAAAGAAUUGCGAGCGCUGCAGAGGAAGAAGGCGCUAAUGCAAUAUGCAGAGGCAAAGAAAGCGCACUAUAAACUGCUGCGCAACUUCAUCCAGACACAAACAAAGCCAACACUGUUUUUCGUGCCAUCAAAGCAUUCACUCCGCUCCCUCGAGCUGCUCAAGGCAUCUGAAAAGGCCAUUGAUGGCCUCAUGGAGCUUCGUCAGAAAGAGCUGGAGCGUGAGUUGGAAUUUGGUGCAGACGAAGAGCGUGACCAUGAACACACUACAACAUCCAGUACAAAUGUCGCUGAAACUAGUAACUCUAAGCAGACCACUUCAAGCAAACGAAGACGUGAUCGCAGUUAUUCGCGUAGUUGUGAUGAGGAUGACAACGAAAAGAGUCCUGAUGCAAGUGCCGAUCCAAAUGAGAAGAGCGCUGACCCUGAGGGGGUUCCCGAGAACAACGACGAUGACGAUGCGAUGGUUGAAGAAGAAAGAAUUCAGCCUGAUGAAGAGCCAAUGGAUAAGGAAGAGGAGUGA